AUGGAGGAAAAACGACCCCAUAAAGUCUCUAAGGCUGGAGUCAGUGCACAGAAGAAGAAAGAAAAAAAAUUAGCAAAAAUGACGGAAGGAGAAAAAAAGAAAGCACAAAGGAAUAAUCCAAAGGCGUUUGUUGCACAAACAAGAGUUGCUGCUAAACAACAUUAUCAAUAUACUCAAACAAGAAUACAAGAAAAGUUACAUGUUCCUAUUGUAGAUCGUAGUGUUGAAGAUCCACCACCUACAGUUAUUGUUAUUUGUGGACCUCCAGGAUGUGGUAAAACAACAUUCAUUCAAGCAUUAGUAAAGACUUAUACAAAACAAAAUUUAAAAGAUGUCAAUGGACCAAUUACUCUUAUUACAGGAAAACAUCAUAGAAUUACUCUUAUUGAAUGUCCAAAUGAUUUAAAUGGAAUGUUAGACUGUGCAAAAAUAGCAGAUGUAGCAGUAAUGUUAAUAGAUGCAAGUUAUGGGUUUGAAAUGAACACAUUUGAAUUUAUUGGAAUGUUACAGGCACAAGGAUUUCCAAAAGUAAUUGGGUGUUUAACCCAUUUAGAUAAAGUAAAGAAUAAUAAAUUAGCAAAAAAAGCAAAAAAAACUUUAAAAAAAAGGUUUUGGAGAGAAACUUAUGCAGGAGCAAAAUUAUUUAAUCUUAGUGGUAUUACUCAUGGGAGUUAUCCAAAACCUGAAAUUAAAAUUAUUGCUAGGCAUCUUGCUGUUAUUAAAACAAGACCAAUUAUUUGGAGAAGUAAUCAUAGCUAUUUAGUUGCCGAUCGUGUUGAAGAUUUAACUGAACCCCAAGACAUUGCAGAAGACCCUGAUGUAGAUAGAACCGUUGCUUUGUACGGUUAUGUUCGUGGUACUAAUAUGAGACCUAAUGCUAAAGUAUGUAUUCCUGGACUUGGAGACUACCGAAUUAAAGAGAUAGAGCAACAACCUGAUCCAUGUCCUUUUGGUGACGAAGCUAAAAGACUCAAAGCAAGAACACAAACUGUUUUUGCACCGAUGUGUGAUGUUGGUGGUAUGAGGUAUGACAAAGAUGCUGUUUAUGUUACCAUGCCAACUUCACUACAAAAUGAAAGAGAAGAUCAAAGCACUGUUAAAGAAUUAGUACAGUCAACUGGUGGAAUUACUGCACAAUUAAAUCAAAGUAUUAACAUUAUAGAAGGAAAGGCAAGAAGACCUGUUGAAUUUAAAGAUGAGGUUGAUGAUGGUGAUGAUUCCAGUAAUGAUGAUAGUCAAGAGAAAAAUGAUAUGAGUGAAGAAAAUGAAGAAGAAAUUCCUAUAAAAAAUAUGGAAGAAGAAAAAGAAGAGGCUGGUGAAAUUGAAUAUGCUGAAGAAGGGUUGGAUGCUGAAGAUGAAAAAAAGAAAUGGGGAAUGAUAAAAUUGAAGAAAAGAAGAGAUUUAAUGAAGGAAAUUUAUGAAGAAGUUUCUGUUAAAGAAGAAGAAAAUGAUGACGAUGACGACUUACUUAAACCUGUAGCAGAACAUAGUAAUAACGAAUUGGAUUUAGAAGAUAAUAGUAAGGUAUAUUGGGAAGAUAAUGUAUUAGAUAGUUUAAUAAAGAAUGAAAUCGAUGAAAAUAUUGCAAAACAUUUUGUUAGUAAAUCUAUGAGAAUAGUUGAUGAUAUGAUAGUUGAUAUGGAUGUUAAAGAAGAAAUGAGUGAAAAUGAUGACCAUUUAGAUGAUUUAAUUAAAAUUGAAAACGGUGAAGUUAAAAUUCAAGAUGAAAGUAAGAAAAAAGUAUCUAAAGAGAAGAAAGGACAACAAGGAGAUGAAGAAGAAACAAAUACUAAUCCAUUCUGGGAUCAUGAAGAAACAUAUAUGCAAAAAGUUCAAAAACAAAUGCAAGAACAAAACAAAAUGAAUCAUGAAGCAUUUGCUGAAUUAGAUAAUGCCACAAGAAUUCAAGUUGAAGGUGCAAUUGCAGGAACCUAUGUUAGAAUUGUAAUAGAAAAUGUUCCUGCUGGGUUUAUUAGACAAUUUAAUCCAAAGAGAAUUUUAUUAGUUGGAGGGGUUUUAAGAUCAGAAGAACAAUUAACAGUAAUGCAGGCAUUAGUUUUAAAACAUAGGUGGUUCCCUAAAUUAGUUAAAUCAAAAGAACCUAUUGUUGUUAGUGUAGGAUGGAGAAGGUACCAAACAAUUGCAACCUUUUCAAUGGAAGAUCUUAAAGGAAAACAAAGGAUGUUAAAAUACACACCUAAAGGAGUAUUUUGUUUGAUGACUUUUUAUGGUCCAGCAUGUCCAAGUAAUUCAGGUAUUAUUGCUUUUGAAACAGGAGAAGAAACUCCAUAUUACCGACCUUGUUUAACAGGAAAUAUUUCUAACGUAGAUAAGGCAUGUGAAAUUUAUAAAAAAUUAAAGUUAGUUGGACAACCAAAAGAAAUUAAAAAGAAUACGUCCUUUAUUAAAGGAAUGUUUAAUAGUAGAAUCGAAGUCUCUAAAUUUAUUGGAGCAAAGUUACAAACAGUAAGUGGUAUUCGAGGUCAAAUAAAAAAAGCAGUUCCUAAAGACCCAGGUGUUUUUAGAGCAACAUUUGAAAGUAAAUUAGUACCAAGUGAUAUUGUGUUCUUAAAGGGUUGGAUUCCCGUUAAAAUAAAUAAGUUUUACAACCCAAUGACUGAUUUGACAGGAUAUGAAUGGGACAGAAUGAGAUUAUCAAGGGAACUUAGAAAAGACCAUAACUUAGAAUUACCAAAGACUAAAGACUCUUCUAAAUAUAAACAAUCAUCUAAGCCAAAACUUAACGAAAACCAUGAACAAAAAUUGGAAAGACUUGAAAGAGAAAAAAAGAAGUUAUUUGAAGAAGCAGAAAAUUCAUAUCACGUCACUAAGAAAAUUAUGAGAUCCUUACCAUUUGAAGAACAACUAAAAAUUAUGGAGGAAGGACCAAAACUUAAGAAAUAUGAACCUAAGAAAGCAAAUUGA